AACAUAAAAGUUCAUCGAUCUCCUCAUUCCUCAGACAUGAUUCACUGAAUGAAAAUGAUUCGUUUUUCCACAUCCCGUGUUUCGCAUUUUAAAUUGUUCCACGUAACUCCUUUCGUUUUCACGUUUUAGGAACAGCCCCACGUAGCAGACUGAUUUCGUCAUUUGGGAACCGACAUUUGGGGUCACACACACAAAUCGAAAGUACUGUAUAAUGCAUUUAUUAGUGAAAUCCAUAAGGUGGUUCUUGUGUAGACUCAAUUGUUAAUUGAAUAUUAGUCAAAAAGAAUGCGUCCUGCCACCAGUGAUAAUCCUUCCAGUGAAGUCCUGCCCGUCCCUCACUACUCGUAUGAACUGCCAACGGUGGAGGAAGAGAGAUUUGAGAAACUUUUUCGUCAAUUGGAUGUUAACGGCGAUGGAAGGAUCGACAUUCUCGAACUUUCACAAUCUCUUCACAAACAUGGAGUGCCUGAAAACCUGAAAGAGUCAUAUGCAACGAAGUUCAUUCAGCAGUCCGAUCUUAACCAAAGUGGGGAUGUGAGCCUGGCAGAAUUCAUCUACUAUGUUAGCGAGCAUGAGAAGAAAUUGCUGCUGCUGUUCUCGAACUUGGACACAGACAAGGACGGCAGAAUCAAAGUCAAUGAACUCAUUACAGCCUUUAGGGAUCUAGGCGUUGCAAUUUCGCGACAAGAGGCGGCUCAACUACUAAAAAGGAUAGACAAAGAUGGAUCUCUAGACAUUGGUUUCAACGAGUGGCGAGACUUCCUUCUUUUCCAUCCCACUGCAGACCUGAGCGAGAUCAUCAAUUACUGGCGACAUUCAACGUACUUGGAUGUUGGCGAAUCCGUCACCGUACCGGAUGAUUUUACCCUUCAAGAAAUGCUGUCGGGGAUGUGGUGGAGGCAUCUCCUGGCUGGAGGAGUUGCAGGCGCCGUUUCUCGAACAUCAACUGCUCCUUUAGAUCGUUUGAAAGUCUUUCUACAAGUUCACGGAUUGAACAGGUUCGGCUCACUGGCUGCUUGCGCCCGUCACAUGCUCCACGAAGGAGGUGUCAGAAGUUUGUGGCGGGGCAACGGCAUCAACGUAAUGAAAAUCGCCCCAGAGUCGGCGAUCAAGUUUAUGGCCUACGAAAAGCUGAAGCAAUAUAUUAAGUCAGGCUCGCCAACUCGAGAUUUGGGAAUGUACGAACGGUUCGUCGCCGGCUCUAUCGCUGGAUGCAUCUCUCAAACCACCAUCUAUCCUCUUGAAGUAUUGAAAACGCGGUUAUCAUUACGAACCACCGGACAGUACCGAGGGAUAGUUGACGCUGCCAAAAAGAUUUACAGCCGAGAAGGGGCUUCGGUUUUCUUCCGUGGUUACAUCCCCAAUUUGUUGGGCAUCAUCCCAUACGCCGGAAUUGACCUAGCCGUCUACGAGACGCUGAAAAAACGUUGGCUCAGAAAUCACAUUGAUACGGAAAAACCCAGCGUGCUAAUCUUAUUGAGUUGCGGCACAGUUUCGUCUACUUGUGGACAGAUAGCCUCCUAUCCCAUGGCGCUCGUUCGGACGAGACUCCAAGCGGCAGUUGCACUUCAAACAGUAGGAGGUGGGCCGACAGCGCAGCUAUCGAUGACAGGAGUCUUCAGAACUAUUUUGGCGACCGAGGGCCCUGCUGGACUUUACCGCGGCAUCACUCCCAAUUUCCUCAAAGUAGCCCCUGCAGUUAGCAUCAGUUACGUUGUCUACGAGCACUGUAGACAGGCAAUGGCUGAAGGUCUCCAAAAGAAAAUGCAGCAAGAAGUUGAAAAAUUCAAGGCUGUUCAAAAAGAAUACCAGAGUGUCAUCAGCUCCCGGCAGCAGCUAGACAGCCAGUUGACGGAAAACAAUGGAGUGAAAGAAGAGUUGAAUCUAUUGGAAUCUGAUGCCAAUGUUUUCAAACUCAUUGGCCCUGUUUUGGUAAAGCAGGACUUGGAAGAAGCCCGCCAAAAUGUCAGCAAGAGAAUUGACUACAUCACAGGAGAAACGAAAAGGUUGGAUAAGGCCAUUGAAGACCUUGACAAGAAACAAGAUGUUCAGAGAGAAGCAUUGGGCAAACUUCAGCAGCAGCUCCAACAGGCCCAAGUGAAAGCUGCAAUGAAAGCAUAAGUUAAAAGUCACUUCAGAUUCUAUCUGGCAUGUAUUAUCUUUUUUUCUCUCAAUCCAAAUACAUCCUGGCCAUUUCGUGGAAACAUAA